AGAGGCUCCGCCCCCUCCUGCAGCUAUAAAACCGCACUCGUCUCGCUCUGACAGGACUUCCCUCACAGAGAUCUCAUUAUAGGUUCCCUGUGAGAAUCAACUGCUUAAGUUCCCCUAUCUUUUUGAAAAAAAGAAGCAACAAAAUGCGCGAAUGCAUCUCCAUCCACGUGGGCCAGGCCGGGGUCCAGAUGGGAAACACGUGCUGGGAGCUGUACUGCCUGGAGCACGGCAUCCAGCCGGACGGCCACAUGCCCUCCGACAAGCCCACCGGAGGCUACGACGACUCCUUCACCACCUUCUUUAGCGAGACCGGCACCGGGAAGUACGUCCCACGAGCAAUCUUCGUGGACCUGGAACCGACUGUGAUCGAUGAGGUCCGCACCGGAACUUACCGCCAGCUUUUCCACCCUGAGCAGCUGAUUUCCGGGAAGGAGGAUGCAGCCAAUAACUACGCCCGUGGCCACUACACCGUGGGGAAGGAGCACAUCGACUCAGUCCUUGACCGGAUCCGCAAAUUGUCUGACCAGUGCACCGGACUCCAAGGCUUCCUGGUCUUCCACUCCUUCGGAGGAGGAACUGGCUCAGGUUUCACCUCCCUCCUCAUGGAGCGACUUUCCGUAGACUUUGGCAAGAAGUCCAAACUGGAGUUUGCCAUCUACCCGGCUCCUCAGGUGUCCACCGCCGUCGUGGAACCCUAUAACUCCAUCUUAACUACCCACACCACCCUGGAGCACUCCGACUGCGCCUUUAUGGUGGACAACGAGGCCAUCUAUGACAUCUGUCGCAGGAACCUGGACAUAGAGCGUCCGUCUUACACCAACCUGAACCGUCUGAUCAGCCAGAUUGUCUCCUCUAUCACCGCCUCCCUGCGAUUUGACGGCGCCUUGAACGUCGACCUCACGGAAUUCCAAACCAACUUAGUACCUUACCCUCGCAUCCACUUCCCCUUGGCGACAUACGCCCCUGUGAUCUCUGCAGAGAAGGCGUACCACGAGCAGCUCACGGUCGCAGAAAUUACCAACUCCUGCUUUGAGCCCGCCAAUCAAAUGGUCAAGUGCGACCCUCGCCAUGGCAAGUACAUGGCCUGCUGCUUGCUGUACCGUGGUGACGUGGUGCCCAAAGACGUCAACGUGGCGAUCAGCAACAUCAAAACCAAGCGCAGUAUUCAGUUCGUUGACUGGUGUCCCACAGGCUUUAAGGUAGGCAUCAAUUACCAGCCCCCCACCGUGGUUCCCGGAGGAGACCUGGCCAAGGUCCAGAGAGCCGUCUGCAUGCUGAGCAACACCACCGCCAUCGCAGAGGCCUGGGCCCGCCUGGACCACAAAUUUGAUCUCAUGUACGCCAAGAGGGCCUUCGUGCACUGGUAUGUUGGGGAGGGAAUGGAAGAGGGGGAGUUCUCUGAGGCCCGAGAAGACAUGGCCGCCUUGGAGAAAGAUUACGAGGAGGUGGGCAUCGACUCGUUUGAAGAGGACGAGGAGGGCGAGGAGUACUAAAGCUGCCGGACAAAGGAAAGUUUCAUGAAUGUUGAUGGAGUGUCCCGUUUUUUUUAUUUUUAAGAUUGGCCCCAAAUUUAAGGUAUAAAUAAAGAAGUUUCCUCUGAACUUAUCUUUUCUAAUAAAGAUGUUUACAAUGAAAGCUGAAA